CCUCGGAUAGCUGGUACCUAGAUACAUCUGGUAUGAAAAUUUUAUUAAAUUGUCAAUGUCAAAUAUCAAUUUAGAAGGUUAAAUUUAAAACGUGGUCCUUCCGGAAUAAUUCUAUUGCAUCGCAUAAUUUUCCAAUUGUUCUCAUUGAACAAACGUUUCUGCUGUUCGUUGUGAUCCAGCCCUAUUGAAAAUGGAAAAAGUAGAUUGGAAUCUUGAAUAUGGCGAACUUGCCAAGGACAAAGAUUUCGUAAACAAAUAUGAGAGUCUCAAAAAUAAUUUAAUUGAGCUAGAACAUGUUUUGGAGAAACUGCUGCCACUAAGAGUACAUUAUGAUAAGAUGUGUCUUCCGGCGCAAAUUGAAUUGGACUUGUUCCUGGCUUUUACAAUGAAUUCCCUGUAUUGGGUACAAUUGCGCGUACAGGGAGUAGAUCCGACUACUCACCCCAUAAAAGACGAACUGGCAAGAAUUAAAUCAGUUAUGGUAAAAUGGCAGGAAGUAAAAGACAAAGAGAAGAGACCCACGGUUGACCUGGAAGCUGCAAAACGAUUUGUCAGAAGCGGACUAUACGAUCCAUACCGAGCUAUUGGCCAACCAGCUAACAAGAAAAAGAAAUUCAAUGAUGAAGACAUGAAUGAAUAAGAAUUUACUUCAAUUUGAUUUUAAACUCUCCUUUUAAGACUGAAUUAACUAAAUAUCCUUUUUUGUUAUCAUUGAAUCUGUCUACAAUCAUGUUUAUUGUUGAUUCCCAUUAUUAUAGAUAUAACUUAUGCAUGAAUUAUUUUAUAAGAUAACAUUACAACUUGUAAAUUAUAUGCAAGCUAAUAUUCUAUAAAAUUAAUGUACUAGAACUAGAAAAAAAGUUAAAAAAAGAAACAAAAAAAUCAUUUAUUACUACUAUAAUAAAGAGCUAUAUUUCAUGUACCAAAAUAUGUAACUUUGUUUUGCCUCUGGAUAAAAUGGCAUGAUAUAUUGUUUUAUGUAAACAAAAAAAAAAGAAGUUCAAUAUGGCUGUAAUAUUAGUAUAUUUCAAGAAAUUGCUUGUAAAUAUAUUUUUUGUAAAUCAUUUGUAAUAUUGUAUUGACAAACUAUGUGAAGGGAGAUGGAUUAUGUAUAAAAAUGCUGUGCUGCGUGCGCAAUGCGAAUUCUGUUAUGUAACUCUUUAAAUUUCAUAAGUCAUAAAUAUAAUGUAGAAAUAAUCAACAACAGAUUUAUAUAAUCGUGGUGUAUGAAAAGAAAAUGGCAUUUAAUUAUUUUUGAAAUUGAAAAGAAAAGUACAUUGUAUCUAUUGAAGCAUCCAUUCACAUUAGGCUAUAUGGUUGAUAAGGAUAGGGCCCACAAUGAUAUCACAUAGUUCAUGAAUACUUUCAUAGUUUAUAUAUAUCACAUAGCUGUAAGGAAUAUAUAAUCUUGCUAUUAAAGUUAGCCACUAGAUAUGUUUCAUAACCAUUUACUAAUCAAUAAUCAAAUUAUUGUGUAAUUUAGUCAUAACAUGUAGCAUAAGAAGUUGUUACAAAUAUUUAAUCCAGUAGUUGAAGUUUUUAUUUAAUCAUUAUGAUAUAAUGAGUAGGUUACAAUAUACUCGUAUUAACCCAACUACAGGGUCUACAUGGAUGGAUAGGAAAUUUGAUUCCUGGAAAACAAAGUAUUUAGUUUAUGUAAUCGUAACAAACCCUUAUUGCAGUUGCUCUAAAGUAUUAUAAUACAAUUUAAAACUGAGCUAAAUUUAUGUUGUAUUCAAUAUAAUGGUAAUUAUUUUUAUUGAAACAUUAAAAUUACUUUUAUUUUAAGUUCUUUAUAUGUGUUUCUCAGUAUGUACUGUUAUUUAUUGGGUUUUAUUUAAAUAAACACUAUUUAUAACCA